AUUAUUUUUUUUUAGUUUUUUUAGAAACAUGAAGCAUUUUUGUUGUUGCUUCUGCUAAUCGAGAUCUUUUUUUGUGACAAAAUCAUUAGUAAUUGAAAAUUUUUGCUUACAUGGAAGUCAAUUUAAUUGUAAACAAUACAUCAAAAAGUUGUUGCAAAUUGUGCAAUUUUUUCUUUCUAGGACAAAAUAUUAACCAAUGAAACAGAAUAUAUCGAGAAGCAUUUACUUGAAUUAUUCUCAAGAAAUUAUCAUUUCUUGAGAAAUGUAAAAUUAAAAUCUCUAAUUUUUCUUAAGAAUGUUUCGAGAAAAACUUUUCAAGGAACUACAUGCUCCUAUGUACUGCUUACAUCGCUAACUUGAGUAACAGCGCGCCAUUGCUUUUUGAAAGAGUAAUCAAAUUCCGAUACAUUGUAUUAAACCAAUUAUCUCGGUACACAAAAUGUGAUCGUGUAAUGAAUUUUUCGUCCCCCGAAUUUUGAAAACUCUCGGUCCGAAUCGAAUGACAAGUGAGCCGAAUGAUAAAACGUGCUUUUGACAUAAAGCGCAGAAAAAAUAUCUACAAAAUAGAUAUGUAAAUACGCAAGGAUAGAGGGAAAAGCAAGGUAGGCGACGCGCGACGUGAAAUGAGUGUUUGCCAGCAUUACCCACGUCCACGCAUCGCACAGUGCUGCACAGUCGAUGGUAGCGGUACAGCGACGCGCAGCUUUUCAUUAAAAACCAUUCGAAGCAAAAGCUCUUAAGCGCUGGGUAUCCGCCGCCGAACACGGUCCGAGUCCGAAGUGGCCGACGCGGCGACGACGACGACGACGGCUGGCGGCUGGCGGCUGGCGGCUGACGCCUGACGCCUGGCGGCUGGCGGCUGGCGACUGGCGGCUGGCGCGACUAGUCGGCUCGAACGAGUGAAUCAGUCAGCCGCCGAAUACCAUCGGAAUAGCGUGUUGUCCACGCUCCUCCGCUGUUUUAUCCUCGUGUGCUUCGCCGCGUUUCGCGAUCGCCGCGUCUUCGCGCGUUAUGCGCGCCGCGAUAAUCGGCCGCCGUCGAUUCUGACGACUCGACAACGAUGACGAUUUUGACGCUCUAAAUUCGGAGCAAAACACAUGCCCGAUUUUUGGAAAUCCAUCGUUCUGACGACAAACACGAGGCCGUGGACGACGCCGGCUCCUUGGCAUCGACUAGCGGCGCCGGGAGAAAAGGGAGAGACUCGUCACGUGGUGGACGGUAUCUUGAGUCUCGAGAUCGAAUCGACAUGAAGCCGAGCUGUUCGAUCGCGUUCGGGAUGUUGCCGCGCGAUCUAUUCGCUGUCGCGAUGCUGACAAUAGGUCUCGUUGUCGUUGUCACUAGCGGUGCGCCUACAAAUUUAGAUUCGGAGGAUUACGAGAUGUUCACUGACAACGAAGGGCGAUCCAUUAGUCACAAAGAUUCUUCUAACGUAGGAGAAGUGAGAUGCUAUUGUAAUCAACCGGAAUGCGUUCCCCAGGGAUACAUGUGUCGCGGUAGAGGCUGCUUCACAAAAUUACCAAAUACACCGCUCUCGAAGGCGGACCAAACUGCUCACAGUGGUUGCUUCGGUGACAGCUUUAAAAGUCGCCGGUGUCCCGUGGAAUUUCUCUGCUGCAAUCAGGAUCUCUGCAAUCAUGUGGAUAAUCCCGCGAUGAGAAAUAGACUCAAUAAGACUCUACGAAGUUCAACGAUAUUCGAUGAUCAACGAGCGUAUUUAGCCCCACUACAUCCAAACAGUCAAGCGACUGAUGGCUGGUUUCCAACGGCGACAAUCAUCGUGGCUAUCUGUGGUUUUAUCGUCCUGCUGAUGAUCGCCAGUCUAGCUGUCAGAUGGCUUCAGCCUAUGCCGGUACAAAACGCAAAUAAAUUCGUGCCACAUCGAACAUCCAAUAACGGACCGCCUUUACUUGGACCACCAAAAGUGCCUCUAGUUUAAGAAAUUUUGAAAUCAUCGGGUAGUUUUCCAUUUUGCGAAAAGGUGUUCUAAGUGAUAGUUUUAAGUAAUAGAGCUGACCGCGCUAAGUUUUGGUAUAUGACUUGUCAAAUGAAAUUAAAGAGUUGUGCCAUAUACAUAUAUUUGCCAUAAUGAACAAAACAGUGUAUAUCAAUUUUGAGAAUGAGAUAGUUAUACACAGAGAUCGGCAAAAAAAUAA